GCGCACUUUGCUCUCAUUUCGAAUGACGCCGUUUGCCAAAUACAAUUCGAGUUGUUCGAGCUAUUAACUUUACCGAGCGAAUCGAAUGAACGCACCGCUAGCGAUUAUCAUUUAGAAUUAACUCGCAUCCCAUAAACUGCAAUAAAAUGAAAUCGAUCAUAGUAGUAGUAACACUACUUGCAAGCGUACUUGCUUACCACGACCCAGAUCUCAAUUACCACCUCAGUCAGGUGCAAAAAGGGCAAGGAUGUGGUGACUCGGGAUACUCGUACCCAGUGCCAGCCGCACAGCUGACCACCGGACUAGUUUCUAACCAGUAUGGAGGUGUCGCAUACCAACAGCAAGCGAUACAAGCGGCUGCAUACCAAGCUCCAUUAGUCACUCAAGCUAACUACAUUCAAACUGCCAAUCAAAACGAAUAUCACGGCUACGCUACCUCCGCUGGAUUAUCUUCUGCAGCAUCGUCAGGCAGGACGGUGACUCCACUAGCAACCUACGCGCAAGCUCCUAUCAUAGCUAAAGUUACUGCAGCGCCAUUAAUUGCUAAAUACUCUAUAUCGCCAGCAAGGACCUCAUACGUGUCUAACAACUUACUCAGCCAACAAUCGAUAUCUUUAGGUUCCGCGAAAGCAUCACUAGACUCUUAUAAUAUCCAAUCUGGUGGGCCAGUUGUGUCUCAAGUGUACGCCGCACCAACUGUUGGAUAUAAAGCAUCUCCGGCGAUUCAAGUUCAACAAACUCCUCAGAUUGCAUACGCCACUGCAGCUCCUGCUAUCGUAAAUCAAUAUCAACAAGCCGGACCUGUUUAUAGAGCACCAGCUCUUGCCACAUCCCAAUACAUCGCCCCAACUGUGGAGGAAUAUCACUCUAGAUCCGGUGUACAAUACAAUUCUCAGUCAAACGCAGCCUCUAUUGGAUACUCAGCGUCUAAAGUGUCUCAGUAUACACCAAGUGUUGCCACUCAGUAUUUCGCUCCUGCAGUUGCUCAAUACUCAGCACCUGCAGUUGCUCAAUACUCAGCACCUGCAGUUACUCAUUACUCAGCACCAGCAGUUACUCAUUACUCAGCACCAGCAGUUACUCAAUAUUCGGCACCGGCGGUAGCGAUACAACACUCGGCUCCAGCUUUAGCACAAUAUUCUGCGCCAGCUGUAAGUGUUCAGCACGCGACACCGGUAGUGCAAUACUCCUCACCUGCAGUAUCAGUCCAGCGUUCACCAUCAGUGGUUCAGUACUCAGCGCCGGCAGUGGCAGUGCAGCAUUCUGCAGUAUCGCAGUAUUCACAAGCGGCUCUAAGAGGACAUGCAUCUGUGGGAGUUAAGAAUGUUCAUACAGAGUUUUUGGAAAAUUAUGACGCUCAUCCGCGAUACGCCUUCGAGUACGGAGUGAACGAUCCCCACACUGGCGACAUUAAGCAACAAAAGGAAGAGCGAAACGGCGAUGUUGUAAGAGGUCAAUAUUCUCUGGUGGAACCGGACGGCUCGGUGCGCACGGUGGACUACGUCGCCGACUGGGAGACCGGUUUCCAUGCCAACGUACACAAUAGCAAAGACAAACACUAAACUGUACCACUUCCAUAGGAUACUACUGUAAAAAUUGUAAUCAUGUCCUUUAAAAAUAAGUUAAGAAUAUGUUAAAUGUAUAUAUAGAAAAUACAAA